AUGCGUCGAGUGUUGGGGGAUCUAAUCCACCCGGAUCAAGCCUGCGCCGUCCCGGGAAGGAGGAUCACGGACAGCCUGAUACUGAUCCGAGACACCAUCUGUUUUGCGAGAGACAGAAACAUUCGGCUGAUAGUCCUAAAUCUAGAUUUCGAGAAAGCGUUUGAUCGGGUCUCGCACCAGUACCUCUUCCAGGACCGGGAACCAGUGACUCCAGUGCGCGGCCUCCGGUAUGGAGACGCCUCCACCGUUUGGCGCAACGUGAGCCAUCCUGUCCUUUCAAACAGACUCCAGGACCUGUCAUGGAUGGUGGCUCAUGGGAUCCUGCCGGUCAGAGCCGUUAUGCACUCCCGCGGCAUGUCUGCAACGUCCAUCUGCCCCCGACCCGGUUGUGGCGCGCCGGAGUCGGUGAGGCACCUGCUGUGGGAGUGCAGCGCUGCUGUGGACCUGUGGGCGAAGGCCGGCUCCUUGCAAUUCCCACACUUAGCAAGGGAGGUCCUCCAUGGGCAGCUAGUGCUGUACGGGGUGAGCCAGCAGAAAAUAACGAAAAAGGACUUCGCUGAGAUGUGGCUCACCCUCGCCACCAUAAAAGACGCCAUUUGGACCUCCAGAAACUUGCUGGUGAGCAGGCGCAGGCAGAUGCCCCCCGUGGCUGUGAUCCGGAUGGCGGCAGCAAAAAGAGGAACAUCAAGGGCUGCAGGUGGCGCGCCAAGGACACAGCCACCAAGAAGAAUCGCCUGCGCCUCCGUGGACGAAGGAGCCGGCGCUCCACGAACAGAGGUCCAAGCAGCGGCGGCCUGGCCCUCCGGGUGAGGCAGGAGGGAAGGAGCUUCAGGGCAGGCUUCCCCUCUGAGCACCAGCGCUGUUUGGAAGGUCGGGACGGCUCCGGACUUGGGAAGGAGUCACCCCGGUCCUGCUCAA